AUGCCGAUUCUCCUAGUGGCGCCUGGGGCGACCCUGUCUUUCAGAGUGGUGAUAUUCCAGGUUUGCCUAGCGGCAAGGGAGCCGUGGACUUCCAUGCACGUGACUCAUGGGUGGGAUGAUUGUGGCAACCAGCUAAUGUUCCUUGUAUCCGGCUACGAGGAGUGUUGCUUCCACUGCCAGGCAAACCCGGAGUGUCGGACUUUCAUUUUCCGUGAUUCUGACAAUUUCUGCUGGCUGAAGAAUGCCGAUGCUCGUCGUGGCGCCACGGGAUGCUUCUCGCGUGCACCAGCUGGGCCUAGCAGCAAGGGAGCCGAUCUUCCCCUGAUCGCUGUGUAG